GACCACUGCUCACCUGCUGCGUGUCCUUGUGCCUCUCGCCCAAACCCAUCGACCAAUCCGCGCAACCCCGAGCUGAUGGCAGGAUAUGAGACAGCUCUGUGUCUCUCUCAGAGACGUGAGUCACGAGCCGGAUAAUGGCUUAUCUCUCUCUCGCUCUGGAGGUCAUUGUGUACAGCGAGGCUCUAAACGAGCUGUAGGUCACAUGAUUCUCUCUUUGCUGGCUCUCUCUGAGCAUGCUCAGUUCACUGUGUUGUCAGGCAAAAAAGAAGAAGCACUGGAACAGAAGAGGUCUGCGAUAGAUAAACACACAGACACACAGAGAGAGCCGGAGAUGGGUGACCGCUGCUAGUGCGCAGGGAUUCUGCUGUACUGGAUGCUCUUUGCAUGCUGUGUUUCUUGAUGUAUUGUGUUUUUCAUCCGCUGUGUGUCGUGUCGGAGGAGAAGCAUCCGUCUGGCAGUCGCUCCAUCCUCGCUGAAGAAAGCACAGAGCUCAUCUUACUGAAGACGUCUCCUGUCGUCCCAGAGUGCCUGUUGUUUUGCUGUGUGAGCUGAAAUGGAUCAGAAAAGCUUCAUCUUGUCAGAAACACGUCUGUGAACACCAGAGCCAAUGGAUAUCAAAGGCCAGGGCUGGACGGAUGAAGAAUCAGACGGAGAGAAUGAACCGGAGCAGUUCCUGUACGGGAUUCAGGGGAGCUGCGCAGCCGACCUGUACCGCCACCCACAGCUGGACGCUGACAUCGAGGCUGUAAAAGACAUUUACACAGACAGCGCAGUGUCCGUCAGAGAGUACGGCACCAUCGAUGACGUGGACAUCGACCUGCAAAUCAACAUCGGCUUCUUGGAUGAGGAGGUGGCGACCGCAUGGAAGGUGAUCCGAACUGAGCCCAUCGUCUUACGCCUCCGUUUCUCUCUUUCACAGUAUCUGGAUGGACCAGAACCAUCUGUGGAGGUGUUUCAGCCGUCUACUAAAGAAGGCUUCAGUUUGGGUCUUCAACUAAAGAAGAUCCUCAGUACGUUCACGUCGCAGCAGUGGAAGCACCUCAGCAAUGAGUUCCUCAAAGCCCAGCAGGAGAAGCGACACAGCUGGUUCAAAGCCGGAGGAACCAUCAAGAAAUUCCGUGCAGGACUGAGCAUCUUCUCCCCAAUUCCCAAGUCUCCCAGUUUCCCCCUGAUCCAGGACACAGUGUUGAAAGGCAAACUGAACGUGCCCGAGCUCAGAGUCACCCGGCUCAUGAACCGCUCCAUCUCCUGUACCAUGAAGAACCCCAAGGGGGAGCUGUUUAGCUAUCCUCCGAACAGCCAGACUGUGGCUGUCCCGGCGGGCAGGGCCCCUGCGCAGAUUACCACCCGCCAGCUGAUUGAGUUGUUUUUCUCAUCCCAGGCGGGCGGACACUGCAAGAACAUCCCCACGCUGGAGUACGGCUUCCUCGUGCAGAUAAUGAAAUACUCUGAGCAGCGCAUCCCCACUCUGAACGAAUACUGCGUGGUGUGUGACGAGCAGCACGUCUUCCAGAACGGAUCCAUGCUGAAGCCUGCGGUUUGCACGAGAGAGCUGUGUGUGUUUUCCUUCUACACGCUGGGAGUGAUGUCCGGAGCGGCUGAGGAGGUGGCCACCGGCGCUGAGGUGGUGGACCUGCUGGUGGCCAUGUGUCGCGCCGCUCUCGAGUCGCCCCGUAAAAGCAUCAUCUUUGAGCCGUAUCCGUCUGUGGUCGACCCCAAUGACCCCAAAACACUCGCCUUUAACCCGAAGAAGAAGAAUUAUGAGCGUCUGCAGAAAGCUCUAGACAGUGUGAUGUCUAUUCGGGAAAUGACACAGGGCUCGUAUCUGGAGAUUAAGAAGCAGAUGGAUAAACUGGAUCCUCUGGCUCAUCCGUUAUUGCAGUGGAUUAUAUCCAGUAACAGGUCUCAUAUUGUGAAGCUGCCGCUCAGUAGGCAGCUGAAGUUCAUGCACACGUCUCAUCAGUUUCUGCUGUUGAGCAGCCCGCCUGCAAAAGAAGCUCGAUUUCGCACCGCAAAGAAACUCUACGGCAGCACCUUCGCCUUCCAUUUCAGAUACAUUAAAUGGUCGUGUGCAGAGCGUGUAACUCUCUCCUCCUCUUCUUCUCUUUCAUCAAAGCUGCACGGAGCAGCGUACGGGAAAGGCAUCUAUCUGAGCCCCAUAUCCAGUAUUUCCUUUGGAUACUCAGGAAUGGGGAAGGGCCAGCAUCGCAUGCCCACUAAAGAUGAGUUAGUCCAGCGAUAUAAUCGAAUGAACACAAUGCCACAGAGUCGUCCCAUACAGUCGCGGUUCCUCCAGAGCAGGAACUUAAACUGCAUCGCUCUCUGUGAAGUGAUCACGUCCAAAGACCUGCAGAAACAUGGGAACAUCUGGGUGUGUCCGGUGUCUGACCACGUCUGCACACGCUUCUUCUUCGUGUAUGAGGACGGUCAGGUGGGAGAUGCUAACAUUAACACACAGGAGCCCAAGAUCCAGAAGGAGAUCAUGCGCGUGAUCGGCACCCAGAUCUACUCCAGCUGAAGAGCUGUCCUGCAGAAACGGCCGAGACGGACACAUUUCUGGGCUCCAAACUCCUCGACUCUACUCCAUCUGUGCUCUCUUUAAUCCUGUCUUUCACAUCAGAUGCCAGAUGAGGGAAAACUUCAUGAUAAGCCCCGCCCACAACCCUUUGACUUCCCACAGAGCCGCUGUCAGUCAAAAGCAGACCGGCGCCUGAUUGGACGAGACGGUCGGCCAAUGAACUCGCAUCUGUCGCUCGUUUUCUCUUUUUCACAGAUCGUUUCUCACACUAAAUAUCUAAACACGUAAAAACAUGUUUAGCAUGUUUAUUGCAGUUUUGUCCGUCUCUGGAUAGUAAAUGAUGAAUCUGUGCGCUUUAUUGUGUUCGUAUCUUCUUCAUCUUUCUCCUCCGCUGCUCUUUCUGACUGAUGACUUUUAUUAAUAUCCCAGAUGUUUUUAUCUCGGAGUUUCCUGCUGAAAUCAAUUUCCUGUCUUUUGUUGCUCAGCUCUGCUUACAUGUGUACGAACGCAACAUUGAUUUAUCGCCCGACAGAACGCGGAUGAGAGGACAGGGACACGUCGUUACUCGUGUUUAUACUGUUAUCUUCUGGAUCGAGUCGUUGUGACGCCGUUUUGGUGCCGUCAUCCGAUGGGACGCGCCAGCUGAAGCCAGAGACGCUUUUAUCUCCAUUCUCAGACAUUCCCGAGUGCUUGUGGGUAAUUUCCACAAAGCCUGCAGAGGGAUGACGUACAGAAGCAGUCAAACAUUUGGACACAUUACUUAUUCUGACUAUUUUCCACAAUAAUAGUAAAGUGUGCACACUCUGAAAUCACACAAAUGGAAGUCAAAACUCGUUUAAAGUUAACAUUAAAUUCAAGUUGCAAUCGCCUCUUCUUCCCUGUUGUGAUCAAAGUUUGAAAUGAACUUUAUCACUCAUCAACUUUAUCACUUAUUUAUUGGCUAUAGCAUAUUUCGUGCACGGAGGUCAUUCAUAGUGCUUUAUAUAAAAAGGAUUCAAAAUAAUCAUAAAAUGAUCACAAUUGAUGCAUGAUGCAUAAAAAAGCAUGCAUAAUAAAUAAAAAAGUAACAACAACAAAAGCAAAGAAUAAAAAUGAUUACAA